GAAGAGAGAGGCCAUGGCUGGCCCAGCCAAGAAAAGGAAGAUGAACUUCUCCGAGCGAGAAGUGGAAAUCAUCGUGGAGGAGCUGGAACUCAAGAAGCACCUGCUGGUGAACCAUUUCAACGCCGGGGUCCCUCUGGCUGCUAAGAGCGCCGCCUGGCAUAGCAUCCUGCGGAGGGUCAACGCCGUGGCCACAUGCCGCAGGGAGCUGCCCGAAGUCAAGAAGAAGUGGUCCGAUCUCAAGACCGAGGUUCGGCGCAAGGUGGCCCAGGUUCGGGCAGCCGUCGAGGGCGGAGAGGCCCCAGGUCCUCAUGAGGACGAGGAUGAUGGAGCUGGUGGUGGUGGCCCUGGGACUGGUGGUGCCAAUGGCAACGGGGGCCCAGCUGUGGCCCCUGUGCUACUCACCCCCAUGCAGCAGCGCAUCUGUAAUCUGCUGGGUGAAGCCACCAUCAUCAGUCUGCCCAGUACCACGGAGAUCCACCCCGUGGCCCUGGGAUCCACGACCACUGCCCACGCAGCUACGGUCACGCUGACGCAGAUUCCCACCGAGACCACCUACCACACGCUGGAGGAGGGGGUAGUGGAGUACUGCACCGCUGAGGCACCCCCAGCCCUGCCAACCGAGGCCCCCGUGGAGAUGAUGACCCCGCAUCCCGACGCUUCGGUCAAGCCGCAGGCCCUCAAGAGCCGAAUUGCCCUCAACUCGGCCAAGCUGAUCCAGGAGCAGCGUGUCACCAACCUGCACGUGAAGGAGAUCGCCCAGCACCUGGAGCAGCAGAACGACCUGCUGCAAAUGAUCCGCCGCUCCCAGGAGGUGCAGGCCUGCGCCCAGGAGCGCCAGGCCCAGGCCAUGGAGGGCACCCAGGCAGCUCUGAGCGUCCUCAUCCAGGUCCUCCGGCCUAUGAUCAAAGAUUUCCGCCGCUACCUGCAGAGCAACACGCCCGCCCCUGGCCCGGCCUCUGAAUCCACACAGAUGGCCCAGAAUGGGCAGCCCGACAGCCUCAUCCAGUGAGGGCAGGGUUCAGCCAGCCCAUUGCUGUGACCAGAUCCCUGCA